CCUCAGCAGCAGCGAGAGGGCCGAAGCGGCCGCCGGAAAGUUUGCGCGCGGGGGCUGCCCGGCCUCCGCCCGCCCGCCGGGCAGCCCGGCUCGCAGCAGCAGCCGCCAUGGGAGAUGCCGAGGAGGAAGAGGCGGCGGGAGAGGCCGAGGCGGCGGCGGCGGAGUUCGCACGGCACUGGCGCCGCGAGUUCCCCGGGGAAGCGCCGCCGCCAGCGCUGCGCCUGGGCUCGGUGCCGGCCAUGGAGGAGGAGCUGGGCCGGUGCCGGCGGGCGCUGCAGCAGCUCCAGCGCGCCCUGGCCCAGGAGAAGUUCAAGGUGGGCUACCUGGAGGCGGCGCUGGCCCGGCAGCCGGCGGAGGCGGCGGCAGCAGGACGUGAGGCGCGCAGCCCGCGGCCCCCCGGCAGCCCCGUCGCCACGCCCACGGCGCACCAGGCGGCGGGCGAGCGCACCUUCGUGCCCACGCCUCAGGGCUCGGGCGGCUUCAGGCUCCGGCCCCGCCUCGGGGACUCGCCGGCCCGGCCCCCGCCGCCGCCGGCGCCCCGCCGCUGGAGGCACCGCCAGGACCAGGACCGCGACCUUCCCGAAGGCUCCAGCUCCCCCGAGCCGCCGUUCCGGAGCCUUCCCGCCGAGCGGCAGCCUUCCCCGCGCCUCGACCUAGCGGAGAGAGAGCCUUCGCCCGGCGGCGGCAGCAGCGACUGGAGCGGCAACACUUCCGACCGCGAGGAGGAGGACGCCUCGUUGGCAGAUUUCAAUUAUGGCACAGAGGACUACGAUGUGGAGGGAAACGAGGAGCCCAAAGUCCCACCCGGCGGCUCGGAGACCAUGCCUUACAUUGACGAAUCGCCCACCAUGUCCCCCCAGCUCAGCACCCGCGGUCAAGAGAGUGGCGGUGGUGGCACUGACAAUGUCUCAUUUACUCCCACCGAUGGGCUGGGCACCGAGGGCGAACGGGAUGCCGGCAAAGGCCUGGACAUGCGGAAGCUGGUCCUCAAGGAUUUCUUGGCCAGUGAGGAAAUGUACAUCAACCAGCUGGAGGCGCUGUUAUUGCCCAUGAAACCCUUAAAGGCAACAGCCACCACCUCCCAGCCUGUCCUCACAAUCCAGCAGAUUGAGACCAUCUUCUACAAGAUCCAGGACAUCUAUGAAAUCCACAAGGAGUUCUACGACAGCCUGUACCCCAAGGUUCAGGACUGGGAUGGUGCCGUGAGCCUUGGCCAUUUCUUCCAGAAACUGGCUAGCCAACUGGGGGUGUACAAGGCUUUCGUGGACAACUAUAAGAUUGCGCUGGAGACGGCCGAGAAAUGCAGCCACAGUAACUACCAGUUCCAGAAAAUAUCAGAGGAGUUGAAAGUGAAGGCACCGAAGGAUUCGAAGGAGAGCCACACCUCUGUCACGAUGGAAGCACUGCUGUAUAAGCCUAUAAACCGGGUGACCCGAAGCACUCUUGUGUUGCACGAUUUGUUGAAGCACACACCAUCUGACCACCCGGACUACCCGCUGCUCCAGGAUGCCCUCCGCAUCUCCCAGAACUUCCUCUCCAGCAUCAACGAGGACAUCGACCCCCGCAGGACGGCAGUCACCACCCCCAAAGGAGAAACCCGGCAGCUGGUUAAGGAUGGCUUUCUGGUGGAGCUGGCCGAGGGUUCCCGCAAGCUACGCCACGUCUUCCUCUUCACGGACAUGCUUCUCUGUGCCAAACUGAAGAAAACAGCUGUGGGGAAACACCAGCAGUAUGACUGCAAGUGGUACGUGCCUUUGGCUGAGCUGGUGUACCCGUCGCCCGAAGAGUCGGACCCGUGCCCGCAUGUCCAUGCCAUGGCUGACCACGAUUUGGAAGACGUGAAGAUGAAGAUCUCCUCUAUGAAGAGCGAGGUGCAGAAGGAGAAAGCCAACAAAGGGCAGAGCCGGGCCAUGGAGAGGCUCAAGAAAAAGGUGUUCGACAAUGAAUUCUGGCUGCUGCUCAACUCGCCGUCCAUCCCCUUCCGCAUCCAUCACCGCAACGGCAAAAGCUACCUGUUCCUGCUGUCCUCAGACUAUGAGCGAGCGGAGUGGAGAGAAGCCAUCCAGAAGCUGCAAAAGAAAGACCUCCAGACCUUUGUGCUCAGCUCUGUGGAGCUGCAGGUCCUCACGGGGUCUUGCUUCAAGUUGCGCACUGUGCACAACAUCCCCGUCACCAGCAAUAAGGAUGAUGACGAAUCUCCAGGGAUGUACGGCUUUUUGCAUGUCAUUGUCCACUCUGCCACGGGCUUCAGACAAUCAGCCAACCUCUACUGCACCCUGGAAGUGGACUCCUUUGGCUAUUUUGUCAGCAAAGCCAAGACACGCGUGUUCCGGGACACCACCGAACCCCAGUGGAAUGAGGAGUUCGAGAUCGAGCUGGAGGGCUCCCAGUCGCUGCGCAUCCUCUGCUAUGAGAAAUGCUACGACAAGAGCAAGCUCAACAAGGACAACAACGAAAUCGUGGACAAGAUUGUGGGCAAGGGGCAAGUCCAGCUGGACCCCCAGAUGGUACAGACGAAGAACUGGCACAUGGACGUGAUUGAGAUGAAUGAGAUCAAAGUGGAGUUCUCCAUGAAGUUCACAAGUCGGGACAUGAGCCUCAAGAGGACCCCGUCGAAAAAGCAGACAGGGUUUUUUGGUGUCAAGAUCAGCGUGGUCACCAAGCGCGAGCGAUCCAAAGUGCCCUACAUUGUGCGCCAGUGCGUCGAAGAAGUGGAGAAGCGGGGCAUCGACGAAGUGGGGAUCUACCGGAUCUCAGGGGUGGCCACUGACAUCCAGGCCCUGAAAGUUGCCUUUGAUGCCAAUAACAAAGACAUCCUGAUGAUGCUGAGCGACAUGGACAUCAAUGCCAUCGCGGGCACCCUGAAGCUGUACUUCCGAGAGCUCCCAGAGCCCCUCCUCACAGACCGGCUUUAUCCUGCUUUUAUGGAGGGUAUUGCACUGUCUGACCCAUCAGCCAAGGAGAACUGCAUGAUGCAUCUUCUGCGCUCCCUUCCGGACCCCAACCUCAUCACCUUCCUCUUUCUGCUGGAACACUUGAAGCGGGUGGCCGAGAAGGAGCCCGUCAACAAAAUGUCCCUGCACAACCUGGCCACAGUGUUUGGCCCCACGUUGCUGAGGCCCUCCGAGGUGGAGAGCAAAGGGCACCUCAGCCUGGCCUCCGACAUCUGGUCCCACGACGUCAUGGCGCAGGUCCAGGUGCUCCUCUACUACCUGCAGCACGCGCCUCUCUCCUAUGCCGAGCUGAAACGCAAUGCGCUCUACAUCUCCACGGAUGUGUAGCCUGCACUUCGACAGCAGUCCGGCGCAUGCCCGUGUCUUCCGGGCCGGGAGGGGUGCAGUGCAGAGACAGACUGUGAAUGCUGGCCCCCGCCCCCCCGCCGAGGACAGCGCACCGCCCUGGGCCGUACGCCGGCUGCGCCCCCCCCUGGACUAUUUUGUACAAGCCCCCUCCUAGCCCCGUGCCCUUCUCUGCACCGCUGUCCACGUCUCUCGCCCUUCACUGUCCAGGAGUCCCUGGGUCUGUCUAUGUGUUGGGCCGUGGGGAAGCGCGGGUGAUGGACAAGGAGUGGGGAUGCAGGCGUGAGAGCCCGCCUGGCGCUGCCCCAAGCAUUGUCCCCUUCCGAGCCCAACUGGGUUUCCCUCCCCUUCCCCGCCGGCCUUGCCGCCUGCCAUGGCACUUGUUCUCUCCUCCCUCGUGGCCUGCAUGCGUGGCGCUUGCUUGGGUCUCCCAGCUUCAGGUGCUUAGAGGAUGCCAAGGGCUCUCUCCCCCCCCCCCCCGCAACCCCCCCGCUGUGCUUGGCUGUGCUGAUGGUGGGCACGGGGGCUGCCCUUUGCACCCUGCCCCGCCCCACUGGCUGGCCUCUGGCCCCAAGGGCCCGGCCCAGUGGGUUUGAAGGAGGCUUUUCGGUUCCCCUCGUCUGCCCCUGGUCCCCUUUUCCGUGUCUCCUGCGUGUUUUUCUAGCGCUGCGUUCAGUUCUGUCCAGAGGACCCCAAGGUACCCCGCUGGCAGCAAAGCGGGAUGUGGUUUUGCGGCAGCGGGAGGCCCAGCACGUGUGAGUGGGUGUGUGUGUGCAUGCGGGGAACCUGUGUGUGCAGCAUCCCCAGCUGCUCCCUGUUUAUUUAAGGCGACUUCUUCUGGGACUAAUUCAGUCGCACUCCGGACAAAGGAAGCAAGGCCCUGCUGUGGCACACAAGAGUGCCCCAAAGAUGACGAGCUGGGCAAGGACGGAGGGCAGUGGCGUGCGUGCCCAUGCCUUGGCCGUGCUGCUCUGCACGUGGCCCUUUCCUGCCCGUCCGUGCCAUGGAGGCAAUGGGCACAUUUCCCGGCCCUUCAAGGCGGGCUCCCCUGCGACCAUCUCUGCUGGCUGCUCUGUCCCUGACCAGCACAGCUUAUAGGGACCAACUGGGACAGUUCAGGGCCCUCUCAGCCCUUCAAAGGUGCGCCCAGGUUUCCCGGGUUCUGUCUGAGAGAGGGCUUGGGCAGUGGAAGGAGCACAGUCCUCCCCAGAGUACCCCUGGGUGGGUGGGUGGUUAUGUCGGUGUCCUCAAGCUCUGGGCCCUGCUCAGACAGGAGCUGAAGGGAUGGAGCAGCCCACAAACAGGGCCAGUGUCUCCUUCCAGCUGGGUUCUGUGUUGGGAGCAUAAGCACUUCUCUUUCCGCAGAGCAGAAUCGGAGCUCUCUCUGCAGGCCGGAGUCCUCCGGAGAUUGGGCGGCAGCGGUGGGGGGGUGGAUUUCCCACUAGGAUGGCUUCUGCUUCUUCAAGCGGCUCCGUCUUCUGUCAAUAUUCCACUCCCCAAUGCCAAACUCAAAGCCAGUGACGUUGUUUAGGCCGUGGAUUCGCAGAGUUGGGUCCCUGGCUGUCGGACUCCCAACGCCCCUCGUCCCCUGCCACGAUGGCCACGGGGAUGAUGGGAGUUGGGAGUCCAACAUCAUCUGGCAACCCCUGGCCGAAGUAACUGGGACCUCCCGCCCGUUCCCCAUCCAGCCCUCCUGCUGAACAGUGCAACUUCCAUGCCAAACCUGGAAUCCGAGGGGGCUUUGGCUGCACCUCCCGGGGCUGUAUGGAAAGCGACCGGCUAUGGCUCAGGGACCAGAAGGCUUGCCCCACUGCACAGCAGAUCUUCUGUCGGUCUGCACUGAUGUGCCUGUCGCAGCUCGAGUCCUUGCUCUGGAGGCUGUGUCAGCAAGACCGACCCCGGCUUGCAGUGGGGCAAGCCUUCUGGUAACUGCACUUCUUCUCUGGGUUUUGGUUUUUCCGACCGUGGGGCGGGGGAGAGACGGGGGCGAUGACGAACUUUAAAUGGAUGUAAACCAUGUAAGGAGGUGAUUUUUUUUUUUUUAAAGGUUAAUAAAAUGCAAAGCCCCAACGUUUGCACAAAUGAC